AUGGCCCCUUCCAAGCGUCCUGCAGCUUCUUCCAUCGGUGCAGCGGCAAAGAAGGCUAAGGGACCUGCUGUGGGCAAGAUCUGCAAGGAGAUAGCUUCUGCGCUGAAGUCCAGCAGCUACCCGCCGAGCGUCAUUGCGUUGAAGGUUUUCGAGCCUGCUCGUGGAACACUGCAGCAAUUUUGCCCUUUGCACGGUGUCGCGCUGGGGAAGGGGAAGGGUGAUCAGUUGGGCACCAACCGGCCUGUGGCCGUGAGAGCCAUGGGCAAUGCGCUGCUGGGCAAUCAGUGCUACCCAUCUGUUGGAGUUGCAAACCCGCAGCCAGUCCACGAGCGACAGUUCCCAAUGUAUGUGGUGAAGGCUCGCAUGCCAAUUGUGAAAAGAAUGUUCAUAAUUUUCGUGUCUCACCAGUGGCUUGGGGCCUCGCAUCCAGACCCGCGAGGGCAGCAGUUGGCUGUUCUCCGCAGCAGCUUGCGUGGCAUCAUUGACGGGUCCCUGCACAUCGAAGGGGACCUCAUUUCAUUGAUCAAGGGAAGGCCGAGACUGCAGCUUCCCCCCACGACAAGGAAAGAUGUCCAAGACGGGUUUAUCUUCCUGGAUUGGUUUGCCAUUCCACAAAUAACAGCAAGACAUGAAGGAGUGAAUGAAGAUGUGAUGCGAUCUCAUGCUGCCCUUGCUGUCCAAAGCAUUCCGGCGUAUGUGGAAGUGUCAAACCUGUUUGUGGCCCUCGUGCCAGACGUGCAGCACACCACGCGAGGCACACGCUGCAAUUAUUCGUCGUGGUUAUCCCGCGGAUGGUGCAGAGCAGAAUUAUUUUGUCACCUGCUCUCCAACAAGCCAGACACCAGCGUUAUUGUCAUACAUUCCGCAGUUGAGGCUGAGUUUAUGUUUCCAUUGGACUGGCAGCAUAAUACCAUUUCCGCUGGAGAAUUUACAGUCGAAAGUGACCGGGCCGUUGUUGUCAAGCUGGGUGAGGUGGCUGUGGACAACAAGAUACGGCACCUGUCAGUAGAAGGCCCCGUAAGCCUUUACCGUUUCUAUGUGGCAUACCGCGCCAAGCUCCUGGGUCGGCCAAGCCUGCCCUGGGACCUGGUGGGUUUCUUGGAGAAUUUCUGCUUCCCUAGCUUCCAAGAUGCUCUUUUGGACUCAUCUGUCAAUGGGGCCUUAUGUGCCGUGCUAGCAGGGGAUACCCACAUGCUGGCCCGGCUCAUACGUCGCAAGGCGGACGUUAACUACAGAGUUUCUGGUCUCAGUGACCUGGGCUUCUACGAUAGUCAGACAUUGCUCCUGGUUGCUGCCAAGUCUCAUCAGCAGGCAGACGUCCUCAAAACUCUGCUCGAGCUUCGGGCGGACGUGAAUGCACGAGACCGUAGCGGGCUGAACUGCGCCUUCUACGUUCGGUCCGCACAGCAAGUGAAGGUCUUGGUUGAGGCCAAGGCUGACCUCCACUCCACUUGCCUUCCGCUGGGCUUAGCACCGCUGACUGGAGCUGCUUCUUCCGCAGACACUGACACGGUUGCUGCCAUGCUUGAAGCUCAUUGUGAUCCUAAUCCUGAGCCCUUUGGUGUUGGCUACGGUCCGUUACAUGGUGUUGCGGGCUUCUCUCGGCACAACUACCGGCAUUCAGGCAACACGGCUCGAUUACUCCUCACAAGCCGCGCGGACAUAAACAUGCGCGCAUGCCCGACGGGCAAAUAUCGGCUUCUGGCUCUCGCAGCUCGUGCCCAUGCCGGCCUUAUAGGCUUUGGUUCCGGCUCGGUUGCGGCCAAGCGAGUGACAUGCCUACCUGGCAUCACGCCGCUGGGUGCUGCAGCGAUGGUCGGAGAUGGGGAGUUGGUAGAACUUUUUUUAGACUUUGGUGCCCAAUUGCUUGCGAACGAUCGUGGGGAUCUGCCAGAAGACCUGGCGGCAAGCAACGGGCAAGACCACCUGCUUCCGCUUCUUACAGCAUUUUCCGUUUGA